AUGGAUCCCCGAGCCUGGGCCAAGGACCUGACCGGUUACUUCCUCUUCAUCCUCUUCACUGCCACGCUGGGCCCGCUGCUCUUUGGCUUCCAUCUGGCCGAGCUUAACGCCCCCGAGGAUGUCAUCAGAUGCAAGAAGCCCGUCGAUGCCUCGGCCGCCUCCAAGUUGCCCCAAUGCAUGCCCAUGGACCCCGCACAAUGGGGGCUCGUCAGCUCCGUCUUCACCCUUGGCGGCCUUCUCGGUGCCUUGUCCGCCGGCCCUGUAUCCUCCAAGUACGGACGCCUCAGAUGCAUGCACCUCACCACCAUCUUCUUUGUGAUUGGCCCUGUGUUUGAAGCCCUUUCCCCCCAUGCCGGCGUCCUCGCCCUUGGCCGCUUUCUUUCAGGCAUAGGUGCCGGCGCUGCUGUUGUGGUAGUGCCCAUCUACAUCUCAGAGAUCGCCCCGCCCGCCGAGCGGGGUUUCUUUGGUGCUUUCACUCAGAUCACGUGCAACUGUGGCAUUCUUCUGACCCAGCUUCUUGGUUACUUCCUGAGCCAUGAUUCCAUGUGGAGAAUCAUUCUCGCAGUUGGCGGUAUUGUCGGCAUCGUUCAGGCCAUCGGCUUGGUUCUUGGUGUUGAAAGUCCGAAAUGGCUGGCAGACCAAGGCCAUCCGUCCGCAGCCAAGAAGAACCUUCGCAAGAUUAGGGGAUCUGACGCCAACAUCUCUGAGGAGAUCAGUGGAUGGGGCGUCGACAACCUUGAUCAGAUGAGUGACGAGGAGGAAACCCUGCUCCAUAGUGAGGAUCGUGCGUCCAUCCGUAGCGGCGCGUCCAAGGACAAGAAUUCUAGAGAAAGCCUCAGCAUGUUCCAAGUCCUCAGGCACCCGGACACGAAGAAAGCUACGUUUGCAAUCAUGGUCGUCAUGGUUGCACAGCAAUUCUCAGGCAUCAACACUAUCAUCAUGUACGGAGUUUCUCUCCUCUCCACUCUCCUUUCUGCCAAUAGCGCCCUUCUCAAUCUCUUCGUCUCGGCUGUCAACAUUGUCGUCACCACCGGCUGCGCCCCGCUCAUUGAGCGCCUUGGCCGCAAGACUUGCCUCAUUAGCUCCAUUGCCGGUAUGGGCACUUCUGCACUACUCCUCGGCAUCUCCAUCAUUCGCGUUGUCCCCAUUCUCUCUAUUAUCGCCGUCGUCGCCUUCGUUUCCUCCUUUGCUCUUGGUCUCGGCCCUGUCCCUUUCAUCCUCGCGUCUGAGCUUGUGGGUCCCCAGGCUGUUGGUGCCACCCAAAGCUGGGCACUUGCUGCAAACUGGAUCGCGACGUUCGUUGUGGCGCAGUUCUUCCCUAUCCUCAAUGCCAAGAUGGGCGGAUAUGUGUUCUUCAUUUUCACGGUGCUUGCGGUUGGGUUUGGAGCGUUUGUUGCUCUAGUGGUGCCCGAGACGAAGGGGAAGAAGGAUGCGGAUGAAGUGUGGGGAAGGCAUCCGGCUAGGCGAGAGGACUGA